AGAGGGCCUAAACUUGGCUCUCCGUUUCGGUAUGCCUGCCCCAUUGGGAUGAGGUCAGCUGCUGCAGCUCGGAUUCUCCAGGGGUGUUUCAUCCUCUCCAAAAAUAAGGCUUGUAAGGCAGGAAUUGCAACACCCCCAGGCACCGAGUGCGUAUAAAAAGGGCAGGCAGCCAGUCAUUUGGAACUUUAGAGAAGUUUCUCGGCUCCUGCUAGAGCAGUGUAUUUAAGUUCCCCUUCGGGAGCAGGUGUGGAGGCUUUUGACCGAGCAGAACAAAAAAAAGGUGAAUUUCUUUUAAACCUUUAGCCGACAGAUUUUUUUUCCCCCCCUUCCUCUCUGGAAUUCAAACAAACAAGAGCUCUGCUUAGUUUGUGCCAGACUGAGCUUUGAAGCUGUGCUUCGUUAUUUCAGCUUGAAAUUGUUCUUUGCCUGGUGGGGGAAAACAAGCAGGCUGCGACGGCUGAAACAGGAUCCUGAAGCUGAAAUUUAAUUUCCUCCCCACCUUUCUGACAGCUGCUGCGGCACUUUGCAGGUCGAGCGGACGGAUCUCUGCUUUUGGAUGUCACUCAAGUGCCAUUUUUGGGUCCAGAACUAGAAAGAGCGGCUCGAAAACUUUCAAGGACGAAUAAGAACAGCUGUUGGGCUUUCUUUCUUUUUUAGAGUUUCUCCCCCUCUGUGGGUUCCUGCAAAGAGAGAAUCAUGGCUGACAGCCAGAUGCCCUUUUCCUGCCAUUAUCCCGGGCGGCACCGAAGUCUGCGAGACCCAUUCAGAGAAUCCGGCUUGUCUUCUCGACUUUUGGAUGAUGACUUUGGAAUGUCCCCCUUUUCAGGAGACCUAACAGCAGACUGGCCAAACUGGGCUCGCCUGACUACAGCAUGGCCAGGACCACUGAGGUCAGGGGGGAUUCGAAGCACAGGCCUUUCUCCUCCAGGCUACGGCUCCAGGUUUGGGGGUUACACAGAAGGGCCUCCCUUUAGGGGAAGCCCUUCGCCCUUGUCCGGAGAGCCAUGGAAAGUGUGUGUCAACGUGCAAAGCUUCAGACCUGAGGAGCUGACGGUGAAAACCAAGGAUGGCUACGUGGAAGUGUCAGGUAAACACGAAGAGCAACAAGAACAAGGAGGAAUUGUCUCCAAGAACUUCACUAAGAAAAUCCAGCUUCCUGAAGAGGUGGAUCCUACCACAGUGUUCGCUUCCUUAUCACCGGAGGGGCUGCUGAUCAUUGAGGCUCCUCAGAUACCUCCCUACUGCCAGUAUGGAGAUAAUAGCUAUGGCGAUGAGAUACCUGUGGACAGCCAAGAAGCCGCCUGCGCUUGAAGCUCUCCUUGCAUUUCCUCCUCUUCAACCCUCGCUCUUCCCUCGUGUGACUGCGUUCCCCAAAAGCCAAUUUGAUUUUGUACAUUUUCUUAUAACAUCCUCUUUUGUAAACACAUGUCCUGCUGCUUCCUGAGUUCGUAUUAGAGCUCUACGUUGCUGGGAUAAGGGAGGGGCCCAGGCACCUCAGAUACUAUGCAUAGCAGCAUCCCAGGCUGAAAGAAGCUUGGCCCAUUUAUCUCUUCAAGCUUGGGGAUGUUUUCCCUCAAUGUGUACGUACGCGUGUAAGGUGUCAUCGAGUCACAGCUGACCCGGCGACCCCCACAAUGGGCUUUCAAGGCAAGUGAGAAGCAGAAGUGGUUUGUUUGCCGUUGCCUUCUUCUGCAGAGUCUUCCUUGGCAGUCUCUCUUCCAAGUGCUAGCUCUGCUUAGCCUCCAAGAUCUGAGAUCGAGUUACACCGUGCCAUUUUCCCUCCCUUUUUCCUCAGUUGUCAUUGUUAUCUCAUGUUAGAUCCCAUAUUUUUGAGACCGCUCCUGAGGCCCUGUGAGGACCUUUAAUCAACAGGACGCCACUCAGCAAGAUCUGUAGUACUUCCAAACCCACGUGAGGUUGAGUCUGAGGAGGAACCUUUCUGAAGUCUUCCUCAGGGAGUAUACAUUGUCUCACAAAAGAAAGAACCUCAAAUGAGGAUGGAUACACCACCACUUCUGUCCAGACCUUCUUUGUUGUACACUUCUCUGUCCCACAUCGCAAUGCCUGGAGCUGGGAAGGAGAAAUAGGGAAAAAAAAUUCCCUUUGUCCCACACUGGGUACAGCAUGGGCCUUCCUCCCCACACCAACCCCCUCGGGGCCCUGAAGUCACCCUCCCAACUGGGGGAAGCAUUCAUCUCCAGGACAUUGGCAGGAGCCAGCAGGAUUUGCAGAGCAUGACAACAGGCCGCAGGAGCCCUCAUGGGCACACCAGCAAGGGAGCCAGCCAGCCAAGCCGCACCGACACAAGCGCCCAGGGAAACACCAAGGUGGCAGGAGGCGGGCAGGAGUAGAGGUGAGACCAGGCUGCAUCGGGCAGCAAUGGCCAGGGCCUGCUUGGCUCGGAGGAAGGUGGGAAAAGGCCAAGCAGUACUGAAGUCAUGAGGGAAUGGAAGCCACCAGUCCCAACAGGAGGAGGUGCUGGCUGCAGGACCUGACCCACGACAACUGGUGUUUCAGAUCUUUCAGGCAGGAAGCUGGACCCAAUUUCCAGUGAUUUCCCCUUCAUGCAGAUUCGUGAGUUUUCCCCCCUAUCUUCCAGAAGCAACACUUUGUGGAGGUCAGUGAGUGGCAGGAAAGUUUCUGAUGGAAAAUUUAGUCUGCAUCCAACCCCAGAGAGUCUGACAACUCCGCUUCAUUAACCUACCUAAGGCUGUCUGGAUGUGCUAUGGAUCAUCCAGCGGAGGAAGUAACCAGCAUAAGAGCAACUUACCUGCUAGACCACAGUCCCAAGAUGUGGCCAUUAUCAGUCUUGCUCAGGGUUCAUCUGAAAUCAACUCAUUGUGAAAGCCACAAUGCUGCCCUAGCACUCAGGACUGGUUCAGAUAUGAAAUCCCUUGUAAUUGACCACAGUACCUAUUACCCGUAACUCAAAUACUUUGUUUACCUUGUUGUGUUAAUCCAGGGGUCUGCAACCUGCGACUCUCCAGAUGUUCAUGGACUACAAAUCCUAUCAGCCUCUGCCAGCAUGGCCAAUUGGCCGUGCUAGCAGGGGCUGAUGGGAAUUGUAGUCCAUGAACAUCUGGAGAGCCACAGUUGCAGACCCCUGCCAUCCAAUCCCGAUCUAUACCUUCUUCCUCUUGCCUCCCCUGUCAUUAUUUGGCCAUUUGAAGUACCUGUUCUGCCUGAUACACAUCCCCUAAGAAACCUCAGCGCCUGGAAUGCUAGCCAUCAGGCAUAUGCAGAAUCGGAUACAGUUGCUUCCUCAAAGGACUCAAACAAGGAGGUAAAAGAUCUUGUGGGCAGCAAAAGUAACUUCUCCAAAUUCAUGUGGUGUUGGAAUAGCUAGCCCUCAGGAGCAGCAGUGGCAUAGUGGUUAAGAGCAGGUGCAUCCUAAUCUGGAGAACCAGGUUUGAUUCUCCGCUCUGCCACUUGAGCUGUGGAGGCUUAUCGGGGGAACUAGUCCAACACACGCCA